AUGGGGAAAUCCUCACAAGAGUUAUCAAUUUACUUGGACACCUGUAUCUUUCAGGUCACAAAAAAUCUUCAUGGAGCAUUGUCUUGCCUUAGAAAUCGGCACCUAGAACGAAUUGUCUGGAUAGAUGCGAUUUGUAUAAACCAAGAGGACUUGAAAGAGCGAGAGAACCAGGUU